GUCAGUCAGUGCUAAUUUUAUACUGUUUUCCUUGUAUUUUGUAUCCCUUUCAAAUUUCUUAGCAAAAUGAUCUGAUUUCCUUGUAAAUUCAUUCCUAUUAAUAUUUUUUACUCAAAGUUACUUCUAGAGGACAACAUGGAAGUGCUUAAAGAUUUCGAAAAUGCGGACACCAUCAGCAUCGACACGUUGGCUCUGGAGGAGAUGCUGCAAGAGGAGAGGGCAAAGGAAAUAUCUCAGUUAAACUUGCUCAGUAAAAAAGUGUGUUAUCUUCAUACAAGCCUGCUGUACUACCGAAACCCGAAGUCGAAAAUGGGCAGCGCUUGUUACGAGGCUUGGAGAACAUUGGUUAAAUGGGCUGGAGGUUCUCCUAAUACAUGGAAAGAUCUUGGAUAUGCAUUAGGAAUAGUACAAGCUGAUUUAGAUUAUAUUACUAAUGCUGUCAAAGAAGACCCUGCUGAUGUAGUACUUAAAGUAUUUAUGCAGAAUGAGAAGGCUACACUAGACAAAAUAUUAGAUGCAUUUGUCAAAAUGAAGCGCUAUGAUAUUCUGAAGGCAUUAGAAGACCCACUUUCUGAUUUAGCUCAAUUCUUCCACAAGGAUGAUAGUGGUUAUCAUAGCAACAAUACAAAGGAAAUAAUAAGUUACACAAAAGACUUCCCCGUGGACCUGCCCCCAGCUUUAAAUAAAAAGUAUGUUCUAAGAUCAAAAGAUCCAAAUCGUCCAAAACAGCCAGUAAUGAAGCCACAGCCUAAAAAAGAUGAUGAAAGUGAAAAAUCUGAUGGUCCUACACUCUUCUUGAGUUAUGCAGAAGAUGGCAUAGCUACUGCCUACAAUAUAAAGUAUUAUAUCAGUAAUUGGACUGAUAUUCUUGGGGUCAAGGUUAUAACACUAAAUGAUAGAAGGGAAGAAGUCUUCCAGAAUCCAGAGAAGUUUAUUAGAGAAUAUUUUGAAAAGGCUGAUUUUGUCGUUCCAAUUGUAACGGCAGGAUACAUUCAAGAAAUUCGCUCACACAAUCCCACCAUGCCAAGUACUAGUGACAAUUUGGACUGUAAAUAUGUGAAUUUCAUUUAUAAUUUAAUUAUCAACCAUUAUAUUCAUGCUAGUGGCUGCAUGAACAUGAAGGUCAGAAGCGUACUGCCACAGGAUAGUGUUAACGUACUUAGGGACAUUACCAUGUACCCAGAUUUGAUGCCUUGGACUUUCGAAAAUGAUUUUGAUGAACAAUUCAAAGCAUUUUUAAAUAAAGAUUACUCAUGAUGUUUUGUAUAUUGCUCACAAUUCUAGUAUUUUUUGAUACAUUUAAUUUUUAUGAUAUAAUUUUAAAAUGGGUGGAUGUGGUUAAAAAGGACCUGUGCUUGAGCAAUGUCUCCGAAAACAUACAUAAACGAAAACAUCCGAUAGAGCAAAGUGAAAUACAUAGGCAGACCACACCAUCAGAUGGGAAUAAUAAAUGCCAAGGAGAGAGUUAAUAAUGAAGUAAUUUAUGGCAAUAAAAAUAAAACCAGUAUUGAUAAUGCUACUUUUCAUUCAUUUACGUUGUUGUAAGUUGUAUAAGUACCUGAUAUCUUUGGCAGUUACUAAUGUAAAGCAAUAACUUUGAAAUAAAACAUUUUACCAUUUA